AUGAGAACGUGGCUUCCUCUUCCAGUGGCAUGUUUCAAGGCAUGUGCUCGUGCGCCCUCUGCGCGAACUGCUUUCAGAAAUAAUCAUCGGAUGCAGUACCUAGUUGGAAACAAGGAGAAUCACCCGCUUGCUCAAGCGAUAAAGGACUGCUCUCCUACAGGACCGACUGUGGCACUUGUUGUGAAAUUUGUUCGAUUUGAGGAUCGUAAGUUAGCGGUGUGCCGAAUUUUCAGUGGACAGAUCACUGCGGGUGCGAUCUUGUACGUGCUAGGACGAAAGGCCAGGAAAGACGGUUCCGAGGCACCGAAGGCCACUGUAGAGAGUGUGUGGGCGUUACGAGGUCGAGACGUAAUUCCUUUGGAGAAAGCUACAGCAGGAGUGAUCUGUGCCAUUGAUGCUCAAAACUCAACACUGUGCUCGGAAGCCGUUAGCGAAGGUUUGGAUGUUGGAUUGAAGCAAGGAGAGCCGUUGGUUAGGGUAUCGGUAAACACGGCAAAUCUGGACGAUAUGGACCGAUUGAAAGAAGAUUUAAAAGUGCUCUCGGUGCUGGAUCCAAGUCUUCGAGUGCUUGAGCUUGAUAAUGGAGAACUGGCAAUGAUCACCGCGGGUGAAGUUCAUUUGCAGAAAUGCUUGAAAGACUUGGAAGAUCUCGGAUUUACGGAUUUAGAGACGAUAAUUCCUGACACACAGUUGACGUUUGCUCAAAUUCAGGAUCAAGUAACGGAGUGUCGAGUACGCGGCGAUUCGCUACACAUCCGCCUACGGGUAGUUCCAUUACCUGAUGAGGUUGUCGAUUUGUUGGAAAAAUCUGCAGAGGUAUUGCACUCGAUCAAAAGAGGCGUCAUUGAAGAAGCCCCGUUAGCGGAUUUCAGAUCAAAAUUAUUGAAAACUUGUGAAGAUCACCUUCCUUCAUGUCGGGGAUCGUGGUGGUAUAGAAAGAACAAAGCGGAUAUCACGGAAAUGAUUGAUAAAUUUGGGGCUUUGGUCCUGAUCGAGCGAAAGCCAACAUUUUGUUCAACGCGAUUCCUAGCUAUCAGCGGAAAGUCCGAAUUUGGUGUUCGUCCGUUCGAUCAGGCUAUUAUGUCCGGUUUCGAAAUGUUUGUGACAGCAGGGCCUCUUUGUCACGAAGUGAUGAGAGGUGUUGCGGUCAUCGUCGAAGAAUGGAGCGUUGAUGAAGAGGACGCUGCGAUUGCCGGUCAACUGAUGACUGCAGUUCGUGACACAUGCAGAGCGGCUGCGAAAAAGUUGGCCCUUCGACUGGUAGCAGCUAUGUAC